AUGGAUUCUACAUCUUUAUUGCCAACACUUUUAGAUGUGGAUUUGACAGUUUUGCAUAUUGAGUGUCUUCCUAAGGAUAUUCUUGUGAAAUUUCAAGGCAAAAACAAUAGUGAGUGUCAGUUUGACUAUCACAUAUUACAGAGGGAAAUACAGUACAUCCCCAAAGUGAAGAAUAAUGUGGACAUUGACGAGUUUUGCCUGGUGGAGGAAAGAGGGACUGGAGAAUGGCAGAGAGGAAGAGUGCUGGAGAAGAGGAAUGAAGUCUAUACGGUGCUGCUUAUUGAUCGGGGAGAUGAGCUGACCGUCGAUAGUACUCGAGUAGCCUCUGCUUGCAAAAAAUUAUUUGAGCUUCCGCCCAGAGUUGUAUUUGGCAUUUUUGCCAACAUACUCCCAGUUGGAGAGAAAUGGUCUCCCAAAGCUUUGAAUUAUUUCAAGUCACUGGUAGGAAUGCGGGUGAAAGGUAAUAUGCAAACUAUUUUGCCUCUUCAAAUGAUUCUUCUUGAGGCACCCAAAGUUAUAUCUGGGGUUCUUGAAUUACAAUUAGGAAGAUUUAUUGACAGGGAUACAUUUCGCCUUGUUGUGGAAAUAUUAAAGGAAUUUCCCCAACCAAUGCCAGACUUAUUACAACACAAAAGUCCUGAAUUGCCAUCAAGUAGCAAGAGCGCUUCACUUGAUAUUCAGUAUGUCCUAGAUAAUUUCCAGCCGUCUUUACCAGUGGGAAGUUUGGACAGCAUCAAAGUGUCAUCUGCACUGAGUCCCAGUAAAUUUUAUUGUCAAUUACUUAAGCAGAUUCCAGAGCUAGAAGACCUGACGGAGUGUAUGAAUUUGCAUUACAACACAGUCAGUCAAGAAGCCAGCCCCGAGUGUGACAAUUUUGGACUCCUGUGUGUUGCUAAAGGGACAAACGGGAAGUGGCAAAGGGGAAUUCUACAGCAGGUCUUACCCAAUAAUCAGGUGAAAAUUUGGUUCAUGGAUUACGGUGGCAGUGAGUCUGUACCCUCUGUCCACUUGAAGAAACUGAAGCAGGAUUUUAUCUUUGCACGGUCCUUCUCCUUCCCAUGCUCUCUGACUCAUUUACACAGUCCAGACCAAGAAGUAAGGGAACAACAACUGACUGUAUUUAAGCAAGCCCUUUUGGGACACGUCGUGUAUGCCUGCAUUGACUGGUUCAGUAAGGAUGAACAUCUGUAUUAUGUGUCUUUACAGUCUCAAGAAUCUGCAGCUAAUUCUAAGUAUCUGCCGGGGAUGGGGGACACACGGAUACGUUGUCCUGCAUCCGAGCCCGACAUUUCCAAUGCCUUGAAUGACGCUGGCACUUAUGGGACAGACAGCUUUGAUGUUGAUGUUGAGCAGUCAGUGGGUGGACCAAAUGAAAAGGACAACUUAAAAGCAGCUUUUCCUAUUAAAACUGUAAAAAUGGAGGUCGAAUCUACCUACAUAGCAUUUGUAGUGAAUGUAUUGAACCCAUCCAAUUUCUGGGUACGCAUUAAUAAAUACCAGAGCGAAUUUCAAGACUUAAUGAGAACUAUAAAUAAGUUUUAUAGUGCACCUGAAAAUAAUGAACUAACUCUGAGACACCCUAGACCCGGACUAUUGUGUUGUGCCAGAUACAGCAAGGACAGAUGUUUCUACCGAGCCGUCAUCACUGAAAUGAGUGACUAUCAGAUUAAUGUUUACCUCCUGGACUAUGGAAGUACCGACUCUAUACCAUUUUUCGAUGUAAAAAUUUUGCUUCCUGAAUUUCGUGAGUUGCCUCCCCUAGCCGUGCACUGUUCACUGGCACAUGUAGGUCCAGCGACAGAGGUGUGGAUAAAGGCAGCAAUAGAUUACUUCAAAAAAAUCAUUUUGAACAAAGCAAUUUUGCUCCAAGUUAUAGCAAAAAGAGACGACAAGUACAUGGUGAAUAUUCAGAAUGUUGAAGCUCCCGAGAAUACUGAUGUUGUCUCCCUGAUGCUGCAAGCUGGAUAUGCAGAACCUGCAGAGGUAGCAUUGGGUUUCCACAGAUCUGUAGGAGACUGUGGCAUAGUGUUAAAGCUUAAUACACUUCCUGAGAAAAGUGUUGUGACCUCUGUCCCUGUCAAAAGACCCGAACCUGAGAGGUAUCAUUCCAAUCAGCGGAAAGAACACAUCUCAUCUUUGUGCAGGUUCCUGGAUGUAAAAGUUUCUUUCAACUUGUUUUUUGACCCCAACUCUCCACAAUCUUAUAAGGAACAUGUGUUCAAACCAGGAAACCUUCUUGAAGUCAACUGUUCCUACUGUCAUGGCCCUGGUGACUUUUCAUGCCAGCUUCAGUGUAAGUUAGAAGAUUUAAAGCUACUGAUGGAACAAAUUCAAGAUUAUUAUAGCAUCCACCCAGAGCCAUAUCAGACUGGGAAGGUAGCUUGCGUUGCUAAGCAUUCCAGAGAUGGGAAGUGGUACAGGGCUGCCAUCUUGACUCAAGCAUCAGAGCAAGAAGUUGAACUAAUAUUUGUUGACUAUGGCAAUCAAGAGCGAGUGUUCAUUAAAGACCUUUGUGCUAUCAACCCACAUUUUCUUGCUUUAGAAGCUCAGGCUUUCCGAUGCUGUCUCAACUAUUUAGUUGAACCCAUUACCUGUAAACUAUUAGAUUGGACAGCAGAAGCAUCUAGAGACUUUGGAAAUUUCAUUUCUUCAUGUGGAGGCUUAUUUACCUGCAUCGUGCAUGCCUUAGUUCUCAUACACCCUAGAUGCUUAUGUAAUUUAGUGGAUUUACAAUCACGGUUUACCAGUGCAAAUGAAUUUCUCCUUCGCCGUGGCUCCGCCCGCCCCAGUGUAUUGUCAAGGCCACUCCCAUUUUCAAUUAGUCUUUACAGUUACUAUUAUUCUUCCUUUGAUAUAAAGACUGGAAGUGAAGAAGAUGUAUACAUAUCUCAUGUGUAUAGUGCCAAAAGAUUCUAUUGCCAGCUUUGUAGAAACAGCAAAGACUUAGAGAUGCUGGAGACAAGAAUCACAGAGAUGAUUAACCUAAAAAUGUGUUCAAAAUAUGACUGGAACAGAAUGAGACUGUGCAUCUCUAAGUACACAGAGGACGGGCUCUCAUAUAGAGCCUUGGUGAACCCAACAGCAUCUUCAUCUGACCCUUGUGUUUAUUUUGUGGACUACGGGAAUGAGCAAUUGGUGGAAGAAAAUAUGCUGUGUGCCAUUUCUGACCAGUUUCCUGAGCUGCUGUUCACACCUAUGCAAGCGAUUCAGUGUUUUCUGUCAGAUCUUAGAGAUAUCGAUAUCCCAGGAGAAAUCAAUAGAUGGUUUGAAGACAAUUUCUUAGGGAAACCAUUAAAAGCUGUAAUACUGUCUAGGGAAUCAGAUGGGCAGCUUGGUAUAGACUUAUACGAUGGGUAUCAACAUAUAAAUCAGACAAUAAAAUUGCUACUUAAUGUUUACGGAGAAAAGCAUUCUAAACAAGCCCAGUGUGUGGGAAAGAAUCAGAGGUUAAAUCAGGUAUCAGCUGCUUCUUUGAAAGAAAACACAGAAAGCAACCGUUGCCACAAUGCAAUAAAUAAAACUAGCCUAGCAACACAUUCUGCAAACAAACCAGGUCGAUUGAUGCAUCCCCAAAGAAUAUACAGCAGGAGUGUGGGAUCAUCAGUUUGUUGUAAAGUUGAACGCAUGCCAAAAAGCAAAGUGAAGGAGUCCUCCAAGGAUAGACUUAAAAAUAUAAAAUUUUCCCCUGGGUCUGCACACAUUCCUGAAGACAGUGACAUGGGCCCCAAUUCAGGAGAGAGGGUAUCAAAAUUAUUUACCAAAGAUUUAAAUCAAUCAGCUUCUCAAAGCCUUCAAAUCCUUAUUAGACGUCCGAUCACAAACAUUCCUCAAUCUCGCAUUGACUUGAGUACCCAGGUUAAGGGGUCUGCACCCACUACCUAUCAUCCAGCCAGUUUUCAUAGGGCACAAACUGGGAAUGGGAACAAAGCAAUGGGACUCACUCAUGUUCUAAAAGAAAAGACAGACAGCCAUAAAAAUUGGAACUGUCUGAGCCCUCUGGUGAGAGAUCAUGCAGGAUACGCUAAUGACCAGGCCAUGUCCGGAGAUGUUACUAAGGAUGUGUUGUCUGAAGACGGGCCCGUCGAAGUGGAAGUUUUUGAUGAUGGUAAUACUGCCAUAGUAAAUGGAUCGAAAGUUUAUUCUAUUAAUAGGGAAAUCUUAACUGUCCCCCAGCUGGGGAUUGGUUCUUUUCUUCAUAGGAUAAGAUGGGAUGGGGCUGUUGAAAUAUGUAAAAGCAAAAUUACAGAUUACUUUGCCUCAGGAGUAAUUAAAGGAAGAGUUUUUUGUGAAUUUCAGAAGACAGUUGAUCAGAAGUGGGAAGUAAAUAUAACUUGUGGUGACAGAUGUGUCAUCAAGAAAUUGCUGGGGUGGUCACCACGCCCUAAACGCCAGAAGACAGCAUUGCAGAUGCCUCAGGUCACCAUUCACAAAGUUAGUACCCAUGAAGCCAACGAGAAGACAGGAAGAGGAAUUAUGCGUGGAGGUCCCAUGGUCUUUCUCCCAUUCUCCCAAGAGCUGGGUGGAAUCCCUUUUGAACUGUUGAGACACGAACAGCUUGGAAAAAACGAUAUGAUUUGCAUUUCGGAGACUGGAGGAUUUCAUGUGACGUUACCAAAAAAUCAGAAAACAUCAGAUUUAGCAUUAUUAAUUACUGCAGAGGAUAAAAAUUCCUCUUUGUUAUCAAUGGAUGAUAUUCAAAGGGGGUUAACAUUCUUGGCAGCAUCUAAAAGAAGUUUAAUGUGGUACCAGCCCAAAGCAGUCGAGCAGCGGAUGAAUGAGAAAGUACUGAAAGUGUUUUCAGUAGAUCAUGGACCGUGUGCAACAGUGCCCAUAAAGAAUGCCGAAGUACCUCGUGGUGAGAUCAUGAGUGGUCUACGACAAGGACCUUGUAAAUGGAUUUGGUUGACACGGUCGACCCUUGAAUUCACUGUGCAUCUAUUUGCUCACUUGGAUAUGAGCAUCCUUUCUCUGAAGUGUUUAGACUACGCUUGGGAAGUGGACCUUUUGGUAGACGACAUGUUGCUUUUGGGGUAUUUAAAUGCAACUGCAUCUCAGGUGGAAGAACAGAGAAAAUGGCGGCCGUCAGGUAAUGUUUGUGGUCUGGAGCCCCAGACACUUCUGUCACCAUGUGCAGUCCGGCCAUUUGUUUGGGUGCCACUCCAAAAUGGUAAACGAUAUUCUGGGAUUGCCACUGCUGUCUGUGACCCCUCAGCCUUCUCUGUGCAGCUAGAGGAUUUCUUUGAUAUAAUGAAGUGCCUCUUCACCUUGCUUCCAGAUGUACCAGAGCCCUUGAUGCCUGGUUCUAGUUGCUUGUUCAAAAGUGAGUUGGAAGAUCAGUGGAGCAGAGCAGAAAUUUCUCAAGUUUCCAUUCAAUCUUUACACCUCGUUAUGAGUGACUAUGGACUUGCUGUUCAUGUACCUUAUUCAGAAGCAAUGAAUCUUAAAUUUGUACCUCAGAAAAUUAUGAACUUGCCAAGGCUGAGCUCUCCAUGUAGCCUCUAUGGUGUCUUGCCUGCUAAGGGGAAACUGUGGAAUACUGAAGUCAAACAGUUUUUUCAAGAUUUCCUAAGCAAACCAGGAUUAGUUUUCCAGUUUAGGGAGUAUGGUCCUGGAACAGUAUCGGAAGUGGAUGUCAUUCACGAGAAUGACAGUGUAGCAGAUAUGCUAGUGGCUUCUGGUCUUGCCAUGCACCCUAAGGAUUCAGCUCAUCCUGAUGGAAUUACUGCUGCUGGAUAUAAGAAAGCCUGGCAUAAACUGCAGAGCCAAACCAUCUGUUCACCGUUGCACAAGCACUGUUACAAAAAAGAAAAUGUUAAUUACGGCACUAACAAACAAAAGCUACAGAGGAAGAAACCUAUGAAGAGGAGAAACGUCACUAGGCACCUCUCAAGGAAAAGCCAUGCUAGUCAAAAAAUACACUCUGGAAAUUUAAAACUGAGAAGAAAAAUUGUUAGUGGGAAACUUACCUUCCAAAGUACAGUUCUGUUGGAGAUAUGUGUAGCAUCUAUGUCUGGGAGCGUACCUGAUUCCUUAGAGAGCAACACAGGAUGCUUUGGAAACCUUUUUGAAAAUCUAUCAGCUGAAGGAUUCCAGGAAAAACAUAACACAAUGGACUCAAAAGAAGUGGGUGUUAAUGAAAAAAUUACAGUAGAACACUUGAAAAAAACCGGUGAAAGCAUGUUCUGCCGGAGCAAGCCCAUGAAAGGGUAUGGCGAUGAAGAUGAAGGAUUCUUCAAUUGUACCAAAAACCCUCUGCUGGUCUGCUGCGGCUUCUCGCCACUUCCACCGGCUCAGGCCAACUGGCAAAGAGAUGUCCGCUGA